AUGAAGGCUGAUAUGGAGGCCAUGAAGGAACAUAUGACAACAAUGAUGGAAGAAAUGAUGAGCAUGAGGAAGAUGAUGGAGGAUAACACUGCUAUAGUUGUUGCUGCGAGUAUUGCUACUAAGAUGGACCCGAUUCACCCAGCUGGUUUCAAUCAAGUGAAUCGUCCAGUCUCAGAUGUAGUAGGUCAAGGAGGCGAGACAGUGAAAAAUGCAUGUGGGCCUCAUCAUGUUCAAGGUUUAUCCAGGAUAUACCAUAGAAGGACAAGCAUUUUCUGGCAUCCCUGUGUUGAACGCUCCCGAAAUAUCUCAAUGUCGCCCGUUAUCACAACCCUGCAUUCUGUAAGGGGAGAGGGGACUUCCACAGUACUUGAGAAGGAAAGGAUUGAGCAUAUGGAGGAGAGGCUACGCGCCAUUGAAGGAGGAGGAAAUUAUGCCUUUGCUGACAUGGUAGAGUUGUGCUUGGUACCUGACGUGGUUAUUCCUCCAAAGUUCAAGGUGGCAGAUUUUGAUAAGUACAAGGGAACCACUUGCCCAAAGAAUCACUUGAAAAUGUAUUGUAGGAAGAUGGGGGCAUAUGCGAAAGAUGGAAAGUUGUUGAUCCAUUUCUUCCAGGAGAGUCUUGCUGGGGCAGCUAUUACUUGGUAUACUAACCUGGAACCUUCCCGGGUCCAUUUCCAUUCCUGGAAGGACCUAAUGGCUGCUUUCAUUAGGCAAUACCAAUAUAACUUUGACAUGGCGCCAGACAGAAUGCAGUUGCAAAACCUGUCCAAGAGAGACAAUGAGUCAUUCAAAGAAUACGCUCAAAGGUGGAGAGAUCUAGCAACUUAA